UGGUGAGAGGGCCACGGUACAAGAUGGGUGUGUCGUGGUACGCAGUGGUUCUACUCGCCGCUUCAGUCCUCGGGGCUUCUAUCACACGUGAGUAAUUAGCUAUUUACGUAUUAAAAUCAAACCAAGCAAUUAACUAAACUAAAAAAAUAUUAUUUUGUUACUGUCUUUCAUUUUUAGUUAACGAUCUCAGAUUCUUUGUAUUUUUUUACUUCUUAGCAAAUAAUACUUACAGUCGCAAUUACUAUUAUUUAUAUUGAAGAUGUAGAGUUCAAAGAGCAAGUAAAUCCCAUUUUUUUCCAACAUUGUAAUGAGUAGACUCAAUAUUGCUGAUAAUUUUAACGAGACGCUCUUGAAUGAAUAAAACUUGACUCGUGUUUAUUUUAAGUUUAAAUGUUUAUUAAAAUUGCAUUACCUAUGAUGAUGUCACUGGUCGAAAUAUGCCUAUUAAAAUUCAAAUCAAAACAUAGCGUUUCUAAUCGCCAAUAGGAGAUAAUAAAAAAAAUAUUUACAUAACGUAUAAUAAAAAAGUUCACCAUUUCAUUUUUAUUUAAAUAUUUAGACUAAUUCAAUUAAGAUAAUUAUUAAACCCAUCCUUUGUAAUAAUAUCGCGAUUUACGCUUAUCUAUAAAAAUAAAUAUUAUUAAUGGAAUCAUCAAUUUAUUGACUUAACAUUGAAUUAAACUUUAAACAAAAACAGUAGUCGUCUUUUGCUUUCAAAAUUAAAGUGGAUUCACGCGGCAUUGUAAUGUACGUUUUUAGGGGUUUCGUACUCAAAAUUUGAAAAACAAAACCAUAUCAAUAUGCUAUACAUCUGUCCGUCGCAUGGCUCUUGGAUGGAAUAUCAAUAUAAAUAAAAAGGUCCACACCUGAAAUUUUCAGAGCAUACGUGUUACAGUGGCUGUUAGUACAAGCAAUGGGGAGGUCUUCACACAUUCUUACAACUGUUAGUGUUCGAUAUCACUUCAUCAGUGAAGAAUUAAAGAAGAAGAAUCGGGGAUAAUUUGUUGCAACUCGAAAAAAAAACCACAUGGUGUCUCGUAAAUAUAAUUAACUGUAUAGUAAGUUUUAUUAACUUUACGAUGGCACAGAAACCUCCCCAUAUGAUACCAACUCAUACUUGGCCGGUUUUUCUUUGUAUCAGCACCCAGUGUUUAUAAAUUAAACCCGGAUAAAUACGUGUCAAAAAAACUUGCAGUACAAUGCCGUGUAAUCCGAGACAUAAUCCUAGAAUAUAACCUUACAAAAUUUGUGAGUAUGUCUUAUCUGAUCACUCAUGGUAUUUAGGCAAACAUAGUAUGCCUAGGCAAAUUUAAGUUAGGUGAAAGUCAAACACUUGGAAAUCAGUGAUCUAAUGAUAAGUACUAGUGAAUGAAACGCAGAAGAGAGUGAUGUGAAGCGAUAAUAUCGAUUAUGUGAGCUUCGAUAAAUUGAAACUUUGCCUCGCCAUUUCAGAUACUUUUACUAAUAAUGUUUUAAUUUUUUAGUACAUAUAAUAUAAGUAUACUUUUAUAUAUUUAGAAAGUACAUAAUAUUAUAUUAGUACCUACUAUAUCCUCAUCAAGGUCAAAUGAAGAAGUGACGGUUAUUUUUUAAAAAUGUAAAAGCGAUAUCAAUCGCAAAGUUUAAUAGAAGAAAAUAUGACAGGAGAGGGUUAUUUAGAUACAAAACUGAAAAAAAUCCCAAGCUAUCACUUUUUUACACUUUCUGUUCGUUUAUUUCCUUUGCAUAACAACAAAUAAAAAAUAAAGAAUAGGAGCAAAAGCCAUAAAGAAAACGAGAUUUUGAACAAUUAUUGGUAUUCCAAAUAUUGAUAACCUUGUAAGAUACUACGAAACCCUUCCGUUGUCAGCCCGGCUCUCAGUCAGAUGGAUUUUAUUCAUAAACUAUAACGCUUAUUCUAAUCAUUAAAAUUUUGUUGACAUUAACAGCUUUAUGGAUUUGGAAUACUUAAUUACAUUAUAUAUAUCUUUUUUAUUAAAAUAUUAGUUGUCUUCAGAUAUAACUAUUUAAUUUAGGUAAGAUUGCAUAUUUUAAUCCUGGCAGAAUAGACUUUUACCUAAAUUACACAACUAUACAUAACUAGGUAUAAUUGCUUAUUUUAUAAGUAGUAAAAGAUAUUAUUAAGACCCAAGCAAUUUUGUGUAUCCGUUAAAUAAACCACUUUAAAAGCAAAGAAAAUUUAACUAGAAAAAAACGGGUUUUUCUAUCUGGAAAAAUUUUAUUGCUCCGAAAUUUAUUUGUCAUAACACACUUGGUAUAAUCUUCUUUAAGCCAAUAUUUGUAAAGCAUAUUUUUAAAAAUAAAUACUGUUAGGCCGACUGUAUAUAUAUUAUGUCCAACAAUGGCGUACCUGAUUGCAGAAUUUCGUUAAAAACGAUGUAUAUUUAAACUUAGCCAGCCACCAUAAAUAAUAGAUAAAUAAACAAGGAAAAGUUAAAUAGUUGUAUACCAAAAGACGAUUCUGACUACGCAUCUUCUGCGAUAUGAUGAUUCGGCUUUUUAAUUAUUGUGGAUAUUUAAUUUAUGCCUAUUAAUGAUUCUGCCUUACAAAAGAACGAGUUUUGCAUGUCUGAUCAAUAAAUGAGUGAAUACUAAAUGAUUUUCUGCAAAAUGAAGUUGAUGCCGUCCGCUGAUAUGCAUAAUAAUAUUAGGUAUAUCAUUAAAAUUGGUGAUUAAAACUGCAGGCCAUUUUAUAAACAGUUAUGUGGGAAUUUGUGUAAUACCGGAAUCAUGUUGAUUCGUUUUAGUAAAAAUAAAUAAAAGUGCUAGCAUAAGGUAAAUUGAGACAAAAAUCGAACAGUCAUCGCGCGAUCGCACAUCUCUACGCGGAAGAAUCGACGCGUUGCUUUUUACUCAGUAGUUGUGUAAGCGGGUUGCAUGUUUUGUAUUGCCAACUAUUAUUUACAAACACGUGGUCACAACUAAGUGUGAUUCACGUACAAAAUGUAGGUCAAAAGACGGAUGCUUUAAUUUCGAUGCCAUAGUUUGGUACUUAGUUUUUAUUAUGGAAAAUAAAAGUGUCAUCUACAUACAGUAAAACCCGUUUAAGACGAUUUCACAGGGACUCAACCAAAAAUGCGUCUUAAGCGGGAAGCGUAUUAUGCGGGAUUGCGAGAUAGGGAAAUUUCAAAUUUGUAAGCACAAUAUUUAAGAAUUAUGUAUAUUAUAAAAAAAUCUGUAUUAUUAUUUUAUUUCAAUUAAUCACUUAUUUUAGUCCGUCAAAAAGAUUUUGAGGCAUUAGCAAUUACAAGAUUUUCAACAUAAUAUAACUUUUGCAGUGCGUCUUCGCUUUAAUUCAAAGAAGACAAAAUCGGUGUUGACUAAUCUUCUAUUUGAUCAUUAUCACUUAGGGUCUCUUCUUCUGUGUUAUUCACAUUCUCAUUGAAUUUUAUGCUGCUGCAAGAGGAAAUAUGUGUGGUACGUGUUGGCGAUUUAGGCGUAUUAAACGAAGUGACGAAUCAUACUAAGCGUUAAGAAAUGUAUGAAAACAUGUCUCAAGUUGCAGGGACUGACACAAAAUGGCGUAUUAAGCGAGAAAUCGUAUUAAACGUGAUCGUAUUAAAGGGGUUCUACUGUAAUUAAAUAUAUACAGAAAAAACUGGCUGACUGACAUAUAAACGCACAGCCCAAACCGCUAGGUCUGGAGACUCCAAAUUUUGCACGUAGGUUCCUUAUCAAGUCUGGGGGUGCACUUAGAAAGGAUUUUUCAAAGUUCACCCCCAACGGGGUUAAAAUAGAGGUUGAAAGUUUGAAUGAAAAUUCUUAUUCUUUGAGUUAACAGAUUUGAAACUUGGCACGAAUACUUAUAUCAAUAAUAAAAGUUUUUAGUUUUCCUACACCCCCUAAAAUGGGGAUUGGGAGGGCGUCGAUGUUUUAUAUGGAUUGAUUUCAACGCGCAUCCAUUACCUCAAAAAUUUAUCCAACUUUGCGCUCAUCUCGGAAAAAUCAAUAGAGCGGUCAUUAAUGACAUAUUACUGAACUCCUUUGAAGGACAACAGAUCGUUUAUAACUCAAUAGAUACUGUGGUAAACACUGAUGAUGCCUUAUUCUGUACAGUAAUUCUUAAACACUUUAACCCACCGGGUCUGCUAUAUCUCAGAUUUUUACUGCGUGUAGGUUUUUAUAAUGCCAAGAAAUCGAUAGAGUUUCUUUUACAUUUACGAUUAAAAGAGUGAUCUCUAAAUUCAAACUACUGUUCCAAUUUUAUCUAUAACAUGAUCUAUUGCAUUGAAAAUAAAGGUAAAAAUUUCAAGUAUCUUUGAUCCAUAUUAACAAAGUUUCCUUGUUAUUAGAAGGUGCUAAGUGCAAUUACGCAUUCUCUACAAAACUUUUCGGUUUUGACAUUUUUAAGCGAAUUAAAUCGAAAAUGGGAAAGGAAUCAGUUGGUUUCAUCGUACAAGAAAACGAAUAUAAGUAUCAGUUUUUUAUCGGUAUUACGUUUUAUCAGUAUUAUUUGUUUAGUAUUGUAAAGCAUAGUUAUAUAUCUAUGAAAAGUAUUUGAUUUUUAUUAUCUUUAUAAAUCCAAUUCAUUAAGAAAUUAUCUGCAUUGUGGUACAAUCAGUCAAAGACCAAAAUGAGGUGCGCCUCUAGCCUCAAGCCAGUGUGAAAGAUAAUAAACAUACUAAUUUUACUUAGUUUCUUCAUUUUCCAUUGUACACUGAUCAAAAGAGUCUAAGCAACAUGCAUAAUUUACGCAAAGUACAAGUUUGGUCGGUAGAUAUUUUAUAUUAUCGUUAUGACAUGUAUAAUUUAUUCAAAGGUAUUUUUUGCUUUCGUCACAAAUAAAUCAAAUUAGUUAUGUUUAACAAAAGAACAUAAAUAUUAACGCUUAUGCGUAAAUGAAAUGCGUAUUCGGACAGUUUUUUCGUUUUGGUUACCCGACGACGCCUUCUUCCAGCUCGUGUUCAAGUAAAAACAAUGCAAAUAUUGCAUCGGGUACCCUAAUUCGAGUAAUGUCUUUCUUGCAGCCGAAUACGGGCUAACGACUAACCAAGUUUAAAUAUGCCUUAAGCAAACGUAUUUUUAAAGAUUUUAUUUAACUUGCAAUGUAUGUAAUUUGUCUGGGUAGAAUCUUGCAACUCAAUUUGAAGCAGAUAUGUUCAUUCUAUAGAGCUGAAUAUUUCUGAUAGUUAAAUGUGGAGUCUAUAUUACUAAUGUUUAUACAAAUUUUAUAUUUUUCUUAUUUCAAAGUGUUAAUGUAACUUUUUUGUAUUAAAUGUUUUUUUAAUACAAACUGUAUUUACAGUAAUUUAUUACUUUCUAUUUUACUUUAAUAAUUCAAAAUCAUCAAUCAAAUCGUCUUAAUUGUCACCUAAAUAAUAUGCAGCAAAAGUUAUCAGGUAAAUCAUUUACGAAACAACUGAAAUAUGAAAAAAAAAUAGUUACCUAUUCCCUCCCUUCUUCUUGUGUUUUUUCGAUAAGACAACCUCGUUCCUCAGCAGUGCGGACAUUUAAAAGCUAUACUAUUGAUAAUCCUGUCUCAUUGUAUUUCAGUUUCAAUGAUACCGUACCAGGUGCUGCCUUCGGAUUCUACGUUAAAGUCGAGCCGUAUAAUACGGACGCUCAAUCGUGUAUGUACGUAACGUGAUCGCGUAACGCCGACACGUCUGGUCUAUGGGUGCACUUAAACACUUUGUAAAUAGAUUUUGUUUGCAAUUUAACCAUCCCUUUACAGGAAUGAACAAAGUAACCAGUCUAACUUAGGUUAAGCACCAAAAUAAAUCUUUAAUAUUCCGAUAGAAAUAAGUAUAAUUGGUAUGGAAUGCGGUAACACUCUUUUUGACAAUGAAUCUACGGUUUUAGAAAUCAUGGUCCAUGGUUUUGACAAAGAUUUUCAAUGAAAUUUUUGGAUACUACGACAAAUUUUCUAUCGAUAUUAUUUCUUCUGAUUCCUAAAUAUUACAAGCUUUAAUUUUAAUAAAGAGGGGCAAGCAAGAAAGAACCCAUUGUCCAUAGUACUAAAUACUAAUACUUAGUAAACAGUUCUUGAAUAAACAGUCAAAGCAUGUAAGGUGUUGGGUUAGUAAUACUGUAAUAUACCUCAUAGGUAUACCUCUAGUAUACAUAUAUGAAUAUUGGAAUUUGGUAGAAGUUUAAAGUUUAUUGAUUUAUGUAAAUUAAACUAUCUAUUUUACGCUUUUGAAUAAACGCAAUUUUAGAAACAGAAUUUUAAGCAAUUUAAUUGUUACUUCAUGAUUUUCUAUGCACAUUUUCUAUGUAAAGGUCGUUGUUACUUCUUUUGAGCAUACACAUCCAAUGAAAACUAAUAUUUAUUAUGAUAUUGAAUCACUAAGGCCCACUUGCACCAAAGUUCUUUAUUCGAAUCAUGAUUUAAUUGUGUUUAACACAUCAUUCUAUCUUUGUGAACUGCUUAUAAUAAAACAGAGAGAGAAUAAGGCUUAAACAUGAUUAACUUUUAAAUUUGAUUUCAUAACUUUGGAACAAGUGGGCCUAAGGUUCUGGUACAAUCGACAGCCGAAAACCGGUCCCUGGAAGCACCAGCGGAGGAGAGACAACCAGUGGAAGGUUCUAUUUGUGGGAGGGUGUGGUUGACUGUACAUUCUCCUGCCAUAUCUGUCACCGGUGGGAACGACAUCCUUGACGCCUUGGAACUUAACUGGGACUUCAACGGCUGCUCAAACAUUCCUAGUCAAAUUGGUUUAUUCCGAGCCAGGCCGACGACAUGGGGCGCUGCUAUGGAGGUUCACCCGGUCACCUCCGUUAAUGGGUUCGUGCUGACCAACGUUCCACUCGGUGCCAGCACUCUGCCUGGAGGUUGGCUGGCAAGCGCUGGACAGCCGGGCCCUAGCUGUCUAUGGCCUUGGGUCGGAGCUGGCACCAGCAACAUACAAGCAUUUAACUGUUUGAAAAUACAACCCACCUGGAUGGAGGAUAACGCUGCAAGAAUCAAUCGGCUUCGAAUCGGCGAGCUCGCUCUAGCCGGGACCCACAACGCUGGCGCGUGGCGUUUUAACACCGAAGUCAGCAACCUGCAACGGGACAGCUUUGUCCUGUGCCAAGAUCGUUCUGUGUGGGCGCAGCUGGUCCACGGCAUUAGAUAUUUGGACUUCAGAAUCGCUUAUUACGACUUCUAUCCCACCGAAGAUCAGAGGUAUUGGUUAAACCACAACUUAAUUCGAGUCCGUCCAUUACUACCCCUCUUAAGGGAGAUUAGAGCCUUUUUAGACGCUACACAAGAAGUGAUAUUCUUAGAUGCUCAUCAUUUUCCGGUCGGCUUCUACGAACAAGAUGGCCGUCCAAUCAGAGCCGUUCACGAUGGUCUCCUGAACAUUAUUCAGCGGGAAUUGGGACCUCAUUUAGCUAACGCGAGGCAGUUCGGCACCGGAGUGGGCACCAGAGGCCCUACCGUCCAAACUCUGUUAGACGCCAACAAAAGGCUGGUGUUCAGUUAUGUUGACAAUGCCAUUGUCGCAAUUAACAAUUGGCUGUGGCCGAUACUGCCUCACCUUUGGGCGAACACAAACAAUCCCAAUACAUUAUUCCAAUUCUUGGACCAGGCGAUCGCGUUAUCGCCACAGGCGAAUGCCCGCUCACCAAUGCACUCAGCUAUGGCCCAAACUACACCCACCGUGCUAGACAUUCUAUUCCUAAGAGGAUCAUUGAGGCAGAACGCCGAUGCUGUUAACCGGAACGUUACAGCACGACUCACCAGCCGAUGGCGAAACAACGCUAACAUCGUAUCGUCAGACUUCUUUCUCGGCAACGACGUCAUCGACGUCUCGAUUGCCAUCAGCGUGGAACGUGGCUCGCGCUUAUGACGUCACAAGAUGCGCUCGCGCUCCGGCGGUGUCGUUGUAACGUCACGACGCCGCCGCGUCGACGUCACCGCCCCGCGCCGCUCUCCAUGGCUCCCCCCACGGCUCUACUUACCAAACCAAUUUAUUUAGUCGCUUCCUGAUCAGAUGUAUCCGCUGCGUCACUGCCACAUUACAAUAACGCAGAGCGAUCUAUAGUGAGAUAUUUUUAAGUAUUUUAUGUUGUAGACGUUUGAACUAGUCCACCGUAUCUCUUAAGAAACAAAGUUUUGUAUGUAAAUAAAGUUAUUGUUGUGCCAAAU